CUUUCUCAUUGACAGCCAAACCCAAUAGAUUUUGUAUUUUUUAUUCCUUGAUCAGGUGGAUUGAAGUGUUGCAAGCGGUGAUUGAAAACUCGUCAUGGCGAGUACAUUCAAUCCCGCCGACCUCACCGAGGAAGAGCUGGGUCAAUUGCGCGGAUUACGAAAGCGCAAAAUGGAACUAAUGGACGAGAUUGAACACAUCAAAAAUGAGUUGCGAGAUGUCGACGCUGAAUUGGAGUCACUUUACUACGUUGACGAAGGCUCACGAUCUCGUCACAAACUCAUAUUUACUGGGAAGAAGAAAUUUAAUCAGGACCCAAUGAGAGGAAUUGAAUACCUCACUGAUCGAGGGCUACUUAGUAGGCAACCAGCUGCCAUAGCUCAAUGGUUGUACAAGGGCGAAGGUUUGUCUAAAACGGCCAUCGGCGAGUUACUAGGAUCGCAUGACCCGUUUUGUCUUGAAGUUCUGGAUCAGUUUGUGCUUUGUCACACCUUCCAAAACAUGUUUAUUGUUGAUGCAUUGAGAGUAUUUCUGUGGUCUUUUCGGCUACCUGGUGAAUCACAGAAAAUCGAUCGAAUAAUGGAGCGAUUUGCGCAGCAGUACGUUGCGACUAACGAAGGAGUUUUCGAUACUGCCGAUACAUGCUUUACAAUCGCUUACUCAUGUAUUAUGUUGAACACUUUGUUGCAUAACCCAAAUGUAAAGGAUCGGCCUACGUUUGAACGUUACCAAAUGAUGAAUAAGGAGCUGCUUGAUGCUGGCUCUGUCAAUACCGCAUUACUGGCGCAGAUAUUUGAUUCAAUACGCACGCGGGAGUUCAAAAUUCCAUGUGAUGAUGCGGCUCGAUUGGACAAUAUUUUGCAUCCAGAUCGCGAAGGUUGGCUGUACAAGCAAAGCAGUAGCCAGUUUAUAUCUGGGCCACUGUCAUGGAAACGUAGAUGGUUUGUCUUGAGUGACUCUUGUCUGUAUUAUUUCGAGCAAACAGGCGAUAAAGAACCUCGCGGCAUCAUUCCUCUGCAAAAUGUCGGAGUUCGGCGAGUAGAGAACGCAUCUAGACCGUUCAUGUUUGAGAUAUUUUCGCUAAACGAGGAUGGACGGAUAAAAGCUUGUAAAACGGAACAAACGGGUAAGCUAGUCGAAGGUCGGCAUAGCGUAUAUCGGAUCUGUGCCUCAAACUCUGAUGACAUGAAUUCGUGGCUUGAAGCUAUUGCUGGUGCGGCGUCUGUUUCACUGCAUGAUGUGCGAUGGCAAACAGGUGUCAUAGAGGAUUUGAAUAGAAAACUCGGAAUUUGCGAAGAAGGUCGAAAGUAUGAGGAAGUUUACGAGGAAUUUGAUCCAUUCGAAGCAUUGGAGGCUGAGGGGGAACAUAAGUGUACUUCGUGCGGCUGGUCCCUGGAUGACGAAGAUCGUGAGGCAGUUAUUGGGCAUUAUAGGAGUCAAUGGCAUAGAUUCAACGUGAAGCAUGUCCUCAAAGGACAUGCCCCUUUGACUGAAGACGAAUUUGAAGAGUUAGGGGAAGAGGAGAGAAAAGGCGAUGAGUCAGCUUCGUCGUCAUCGGAUUCGGAUUCGGACGACGUAGCUGACGAUAUUCCGUUGAGGCUAGGUUCAAGCCAUAUACAUUUUGUUCACAACGACGAGGUGUUUUCAAUGUAUCGAUGUCUUUUACGACCGGGUGAAACAAGUAUUUCACUGAGUAUGUUUGCAAGACCUCUGGAUUGUGCAAUAUUUUUACUAGCCGGUGGUCACUUUGCUGCUGGUGUGUUCAGAGAUGAUAAAAUGGUCGCACAUAAAGCGUUCCAUCGAUACGUAGUCCGUGCUAAGCAAGGUGGAGCACAGUCAGCUAAUGAUAACGCCAAAGGCCCUGCUCGAUCUGCAGGAGCAGCUCUGAGGAGGUAUAAUGAAAGAGCUCUUGGUGAAGAUAUAAUGAAUGUACUGAAAACUUGGACAGAUCUUUUAUCUGCAACUCCGCUCAUUUUCAUACGAUGUGCUAGUUAUCAAAGGGUUAUAUUCCAUGAAGUUGACGAAGGUGGUUUCAGCAGAAAAGAUCCUAGGCUGAGAACAAUACCAUUUGAAACGAAGCGUCCUUUGAUUGAUGAAGUACGAAGAGUUUGGGAACGAUUAAGCUCUGUGAUAUGUCAAGGGUCGGUAGACGACUUCUUGGCUGAAAAACAAAGAAAGAAACAAACGAAGACCUUGAUGAAAAAGAAAAGAACGGAUGAACAUCGGACUAACAAAGACAAAAAUGGCAGCAAAAGUCCUCCAAAGGAAAAGAAGACUGACCAUGUGAAAGCCUUGCCACCCCUAAAAGUCAAAGCAAUGGAGGAAGAUAAUUGGCCAAAUGUUGACAAGAAUGCCCGUCGAGAGAUAUAUGGUUCUAUCAAGCAUGACAACUUGGAGUUUUUGACUGCAUUAGUUUCUGAACGUAGCGAAGACGAAAGAAGAGAGGUUACUGAUUACAUAUGUUCAUUUCGUUUGUCAAAUCAUGGAACAUUCCUUCAUCUGGCUGCCAAGAAUAACUGUGAUAAGAUAUUGCUCUAUCUAUUGGAAAUAGGCUGUGAUCCUUGUGUUAAAAAUGACGAGGAUAUGGUUGCUUACUCACUUUCUCCUAAUAAAGAAAUGAAGAAUGUAUUUAUCCAGUUCCGCACAGAAAAUCCAGACAGAUGGGAUUGGGUCCGAAGCCAUAUCCCCGAACCUAUGCAUAUGAGCGAAGAGCAAGCUGCAAAACUUGCCGAAAAGAAGAAGGAGAAGAAGCUGAGGCAAAAAGAAAAGACGAAGUUGAAGAAGGAGGCGGAGAAGAAAGAGGCUGAGGAACUUGCUGCUCGUGCUGCAUUCCUAGCAAUGUCAGAUAGAGAAAAACGUGCAGCUGCUGCGGAAGCAAGAUUAGCAAAAAUUAGUGGCGGCACAAGGUGUUUGCAGUGCGGUGUCGCCUACGAAGGAUCAGGCUUCGAAUACAAUGAACUGCGGUUUUGCAGUCCAGCUUGUGUUGCGUUGCAUAGGAGAGGAGGAUCAUCUUGAUAGAGAUUAUUUGUUUUUGUUGCCAAUUGAGCAAUUUCAUACGUUUCUAUUGAUCUGGGGAUAAAUAUUGUUGAG